UGUACUUUACUGUUAUUUAUUAUUUUUCUAACAGAUUUAGACCAAGUGAAACAAUACAAAGUGAACAUCAGCAUCGACCCAGAGGAAACUCCAGAGUCUCUAAUAUACGAGGGAAAGGAAGUGAAGAUACAUCCUGCGUACGCUCACUCGGGCUGGGGCAAUCCUAAUGAUAAGAUCUUCACUCUGUGUAAAGAGAGGUUUCAGGCUGGUAAACAUUACUGGGAGGUGAAACUGGGAGAGUCACAGAAAACACUAAAACACUCCUGGUUUGUUGGUGUAGCGAGUGAUGAAGCUGAGAAAGAGUACAGCGUCGAGUUUACACCACAGGAUGGGUUCUGGGUUCUCUGUUAUGAAGGAGGAGAUAAAGGAGUUUAUAUCAGAGAUCAAACAGAACUGAUUUCACUCCCAGACGUUAAUAAAGAGCUGACAGCAGUGGGAGUGUUUUUAGACUGUGAUACACACACACUGUCAUUUUAUAAUAUUAAUACACACUCACACAUCUACACUUUCACUAAUGUGGACGUCAGAACAUCACUGCGUCCUCUGAUCAGCCCUGGAGUCAGAGACGUUCAUCCUGUAUGGAUUAUUUAGGAGAAUAAAGACAUCUGUAAUAUGAUGAUGUGUGAGUUUAUAAUGUAUUUAUAUAAAGUGUGUAUACAUACUGUACAUAACACACUCAUUACAUUUUCCAUCUCUGUUUACUGAAGUGUUUCCUCACAGCUGUAAACACACACCUUUACU